CUCUCUCUCUCUCUCUCCCUCCCUCUCUAUUUCGCUUCUCCCUCCAUCGCGCACCUCACCCCCUCUAUAAAUACCCCUCCCUCCGCUACCAUGCUCUUUUUUUCUCCUCUCCUCCUCUCCUCCUCCUCUAACCUCGCGCCCCUCUCCCCCUUCCUACUUCUCUUCGAUCUCUCCCAGCCUCUUGCGAUCCGCGCCGGAGAGUUCUUCGGAGGAGCUCCUCUUACUCUACCUUCGACCUCCGAGAUCUUACGCUUUUUCCGGAUCAUCAGAAGCGCUUCCGGAAGCAGCUCUGGGGAUGGAGGGGAGCCGCGAGACUGGAGGAAUGACGAAGAUCGCGUCGCACGCCUCCAUCUCAGACGGCGACGACUUCGAUCUCUCGCGACUUCUCGACAAGCCGAGGCUCAACAUCGAGAGGCAGAGGUCGUUCGACGAGCGGUCGAUGAGCGAGCUCUCGAUCGCUGGGAACAUCAGGCCCGUCGACAGCUACGAGAACUUGUACUCCCCCGGAGGGUUCCGAUCGGGGUUGGACACGCCGAUCUCUCGGGACUCGGUCGAGCCCCAUCCCAUGGUGGCAGAGGCGUGGGAGGCCCUCCGGAGAUCUCUAGUGUACUUCCGGGGACAACCGAUGGGGACGAUCGCCGCUUACGAUCACGCAUCCGAGGAGGUUCUUAAUUACGAUCAGGUGUUUGUGCGGGAUUUUGUGCCGAGCGCCUUGGCCUUUCUAAUGAAUGGUGAACCUGAGAUAGUUAAGAAUUUUCUCAUGAAAACUGUCCAGCUCCAAGGCUCGGAAAAGAAAAUAGAUCGUUUCAAGCUCGGGGAAGGAGCCAUGCCUGCGAGCUUCAAGGUUAAGCAUAAUCCUGUUAGGCAGGUCGAUACAAUAGUCGCGGAUUUCGGGGAGAGUGCAAUUGGAAGGGUUGCACCAGUGGACUCUGGAUUUUGGUGGAUUAUUCUUCUUCGCGCCUAUACAAGAUCCACGGGAGAUGUGUCCCUGGCGGAAACACCUGAGUGCCAAAAGGGGAUGAAGUUAAUAUUAGCUCUUUGUUUAGCUGAGGGGUUUGACACUUUCCCAACUUUGCUCUGCGCAGAUGGUUGCUCAAUGAUAGACCGUCGUAUGGGUGUUUACGGCUAUCCGAUUGAAAUCCAAGCCCUCUUCUUCAUGGCACUGAGAUGUGCUUUAUCAAUGCUUAAACCUGAUAAUGAAGGGAAGGAGUUUAUAGAGCGAAUAGUGCAACGCUUGCAUGCCUUAAGUUACCACAUGAGAAGUUACUUCUGGAUCGAUUUCCAGCAGCUAAAUGUGAUAUACCGCUACAAAACAGAGGAAUAUUCUCACACUGCAGUCAAUAAAUUUAAUGUUAUUCCCGACUCUAUACCAGAUUGGAUAUUCGAUUUUAUGCCCUCCCGUGGUGGUUACUUUAUUGGAAAUGUUAGUCCAGCACGGAUGGAUUUCCGGUGGUUUGCUCUUGGUAAUUGUAUAGCCAUACUAUCAUCUCUUGCUACCCCGGAGCAAUCUAUGGCUAUAAUGGAUCUGAUUGAAGAAAGGUGGGAGGAGCUAGUCGGGGAGAUGCCUUUGAAGAUUUGUUAUCCUGCUAUUGAGAGCCACGAGUGGCGCAUUGUGACAGGCUGUGACCCUAAAAAUACCAGAUGGAGUUACCAUAAUGGAGGAUCUUGGCCAGUUCUUCUAUGGCUGCUCACUGCAGCAUGUAUCAAGACAGGCCGUGUACAAAUAGCCAGACGAGCUAUUGAAGUAGCUGAAACUCGUCUUUUAAAGGACAGUUGGCCGGAGUACUACGACGGGAAGCUAGGUCGGUACAUCGGCAAACAAGCACGGAAGUUCCAAACUUGGUCUAUCGCGGGCUAUUUGGUGGCCAAGAUGAUGCUCGAAGAUCCUUCUAAUCUGGGAAUGGUCUCCCUUGAAGAGGACAAGGCGAUGAAGCCUGUACUGAAAAGGUCAGCCUCAUUUUGAUUUGGGUGUGAAGCACCACCAGAUCGAAAGGUAGUGCGUAUUCUCAUACCAUUAUUUGAGCCAUUUCCUUCCCAAAUUGGGAAGGUUUGUUUAGUUUAGCUGGUGUCAUCUUUGUAGGAAUAUAUUGUCUGUAAAAUACGAUAUAUAUUAUAUCAUUGGGUGAAUUACAAGGAAAUAAGGUUGGCGUGAAAAAGCAGUUGGUUUAUUUUAUUUUUCUUGUUCUCAUUGUAACAGGAACUUUGUUUUUUUUUAUGAAAUUCAAAUGCGAACGUCAUUGACGUUGAGCUCAUAGUAAUUUUAUUUGGCCA